AUGACUGAGGCAUGGCAACAACAACAGCAGCAGCAACAGCAACAGCAGCACACGGUGGCCGCGCCUUCUGUAGUGCACACACUUCCCCAGACAACGGACACUCUGGCCUGCACUGUGUAUGGUGUUGUUCUGCAACCAGAUUCCUCUCUGCAGCAGCAGCAGCUGGGCCAGCAGCAUGUUGUGCAAACUCAGCAGGCCUCCAUGCAGCUUGGGGGCGAAAGAGUGCAUAAGUGUGGCGCCUGUGGGCAUGACAUAUCUCACUUGGCCAACCCCCACGAACACCAGUGCAUGGUGACUCAAGACAGGUCCUUCCAAUGCACACAAUGCAUGAAAAUCUUCAGCCAAGCCACGGACCUCCUGGAGCAUCAGUGUGUGCAGGUGGAACAGAAGCCAUUUGUUUGUGGGGUGUGUAAGAUGGGUUUCUCGUUGCUCACUUCAUUGGCCCAGCAUCACAACUCUCACGGCAACGGAAACAACCCGAUGAAAUGUUCCAUUUGUGAAAAAACGUACCGUCCCGGAUCUGGAAAUGUCACUCCCACCUCGUCUGCGGCCAAUCCUCAGCAGCCCUCUGCCGGAGAGACAUCUGGCGGCGGAGCGGCAAUCAGUGCCUCGUCCCCGCCUGCUUUUGAGGCAUCCGCACCAGACAGGCCAUACAAGUGCUCAGUGUGCCAUAAGUCCUUCCGCCAUUUGUCCGAGUUGACCCGCCACGAAAGGGUGCACACAGGUGAGAAGCCGUACAAAUGUGACACAUGUGAUAAAAGCUUCAGCCAGUCCUCACAUCUGGCCCACCACCAGCGCACACACAGCUCUGAGCGACCAUAUAAGUGCGCUGUGUGUGAGAAGAGCUUUAAGCACCGUUCUCACCUCGUGCGGCACAUGUACGCCCAUUCAGGCGAGCACCUGUUCAAGUGCAACUUGUGUGAAAUGCACUUCAAGGAGUCGUCCGAGCUCCUGCACCAUCAAUGUCAGCCAGAAGGAGAAAGGCCUUUCCGAUGCGGCUCGUGCGGAAAGAGCUUCAAGCGCCCGUCGGACCUGCGGCAACAUGAACGCACUCAUUCCGAGGAGCGACCAUUCCAGUGCGAGGAGUGCCAGAUGAGCUUCAAGCAGCAGUACGCUCUUGUACGCCACCGUCGCACUCAUAAAAAUCCGGCCGACCGCCCUUUCAAGUGCAAUCUCUGCGAUAAAGGCUUUCUGCAGCCCUCCCACCUGCUUUACCAUCAGCAGGUGCACGGUAUGGAAAGCUUGUUUAAGUGCGCGUCGUGCCAAAAGUCUUUUAGCCAAUCCGGAGAACUGCUGAGGCACAAAUGCGGAGGUGAAGUAGAAAAGCCCUACAAGUGUGACGUGUGCGGCAAAGGUUACAAAAAGAACUCCACGCUUCAGCGCCACCAAAACACUCACUGCGCAGAGAAGCCACUGAAAUGCUCUCUGUGUGACAAGCGCUUUGUGUCCUCCUCAGAGUUUGUCCAGCACCGCUGCGACCCGACCCGCGAGAAACCGCUGAAAUGUCCCGACUGUGAGAAACGCUUCAGGUACUCGUCCGAGCUACAGCGCCAUCGCCGCGUCCACACUGGGGAGAAACCUUUCAAGUGCGCCAGCUGCGACAAGAGCUUCAAGCAACGCGAGCACCUGGCCAAGCAUCAGAGCGUACACUCCCGGGAGACUCAGUUUAAAUGUGUAUGGUGCGGUGAGCGUUUUGUCGACCUCGCCGCUCUGCAGGAACACACGGUCCAACACACUGCCGAAGGGGAGAGUUUCCCAGAAGCGCCGUGCAUCCCGUGA